AUGCUCGGCGCGAGGAUGGAGGAAAAGAAAAGGAGCAAAGCACGUCGAGAGAAUUAUAGUCCACUUGAAACAAAAGAACGACCGAAAAAGACGGGUGUAUUUGGCAAGAAGUCAAAAAAUAAGAAAAAGAAAAAAGGAAAAGAAACAACAGAAAAAAAGGAAACGCCAGCUGUUUCGCCAUUCACAGGAGAGCAUGGAAUAUUUGGCGUUCCUUUAUCGCUAGCAGUUUUACGUAUGGGCUGCCAUGAUGGUGUUGCUUUGCCGGUUGUCGUUAGACAGUGCAUCGAUUGCAUAAAUGAAGAAGGUAUUUUUUUGUAA